UCUUUCCUCCCCGCGGCCGGGUGGUAGCGGCGGGGCCGGAAGGGGCGCGGCGGCGGGCGCCAUGGCGGCGGCAGGGCCUUUCGCGCUGGUCACCAGCUGCGCCGGCGGCUUCAACGCCGAGGAGCUCGUCAAACGAAAAUUUGUUUUGAAGUAGAAAGAAGCUGCGUAGAGUCUUCACUGUGAGGAGGUGUAGAAGAACUGAUUUCUCCUGCUGCCUGCCAGAACUUUCCAGGCUAAUUACAAGGCGUUUUCCAGUGUUUUCUUCCCAUUAAGUAGGAAAUGGCUUGAGGAUAAGGAAAAUAUUUUGGUAUCACAGGAAAAGAUGACCUUGCUGCGGGUGCAAUUACAAGUGGAAAAGUGAAUUUCUACCCCUGGACAAUAGAUAAUAAAUAUUACUCUGCAGAUAUUCACCUCUGUGUAGUACCAAAUGCAUUUCUUGUUACUGCAGAUAUUGCUGAAUCCGUGCAAGCAUUUGUUGUGUACUUCGACAGCACAAUAAAAUCUGGACUUGAUAGUGUCUCCGAAUGGCUUCCCCUGAUGGAAGAGUGGUUACCAGAAGUCAUGAUCCUGGUUUGUAACAGAGUAUCUGAAAAUGGUGUUAACAGACAGAAAGCUCAAGAGUGGUGCAUCAAACAUGGCUUCGAACUGGUAGAACUCAGCCCUGAGGAACUGCCUGAUGAAGAUGAUGAUUUUCCAGAAUCCACUGGAGUGAAACGAAUUGUACAAGCCUUAAAUGCCAACGUGUGGUCCAACGUAGUCAUGAAGAGCGACAGGACCCAGGGCUUUGGUCUCCUCAGUUCAUUGGCAGGUGCGAACUGUAGCAUCGGGUCAGAAGAGAACCAAAAUACACAAGCCAAUCCAUCAGCAGCAGAGAGGGAAGAAUCGCAGUUAGACAGUAGAGAAGAUGCAGCCGGCACAGACGACCUGCAGAUCGACAGCUCCGUAGAUCCCGUGUUAGAUAUGGACAUUCAGGAGUUAGCCAACCUGACCACGAGAGACAGUGACCUGGAGAACUUCGAAAGGCUCUUUUCAAAGCUGAAAGAAAUGAAAGAUAAAGCCGCAACGUUGCCUCAUGAGCAAAGAAAACUACACGCGGAAAAGGUGGCCAAAGCCUUCUGGAUGGCAAUUGGAGGAGACAGAGACGAAAUCGAAGGGCUCUCCUCAGAUGAAGAAAACGAAAUUCUGUAGCUGUAGGCGACAGAGCGAUCCUGAAAGAGGAUUUGCCUGCAAUGAGCGUUUAUUGCGAAAAGCCCCAUUUAGCUUUAGUUGCUUUCUUUGGUUAAGGGAUUCCCCACAUAACUGUAAAAAGUAACACAUUCCACAACACCUAAUGGUUCGAGUGGUUGUGUCUGCCUGUUCGUUUAUUCUCUCCCAGAGAUUUCUGGAAGGCGAUGCAUGCACUUAGAGGAAAUCAUAAUUAGUUUACAUUUUUCAAAUUAACAUUUUUAUUGUUGCCUCUUUUGAGUUUAAAUAAACCAAUUUACUACCAGUUCUCUUUCUACAUAUGGCUGGUGGUUGUUAAGUGACUACUUAGUUCCAGACUCAACGUCGUAGAUGUCGGCCUGUUGGAUGGGUUUAUGUGGCUUUAUAGCUGACUUACUAGUUAAAACAAACCAGAUUUAUAUGAGCCAUGAAGAGAAAGUUGCUGAAUUGUGCCCUGUUGUGGGACGCUGUGCCAAGGCUGAAAGGUUAGUCCUGCUGGCUGCCAAGAUUAUUAAAAACGGCCCGCAGGCUCUGAGUUCUGUUUGCGGCCCUAAGUACGUGGUCCUUCCCUGGAGGGUCAGGCCUUGUCCCACACUCCCUGGCUUUCCAUUAGAAAUUAAAUUUGGGAUUAAAUGCAAGACAGAUUUUUAUUUUUGGCUGCUGUUCCAGGGGUGAAGUUCCCAGCCCAAACCUGCAGCACUUGUUCUCCAGGACCCAGCAGAAUGCACAGACCUGCUGGUGAAUUUCGCCCCAAAUACCUAAAGAGAAGAGCUGGUUUUAAAACCCCGCGCUGGCACCUGCUGCAUUUCUGACAGACUUACGCUCCUGUAUGUUCCUUGGAAGGCACCAGAAUGCAAAUCUCAAAUUGCUGCUUCAUGGUGAGCAAUCUUAGAGAUUUUUGAAAUGAACUUUCUCAAUGUCUGGUUUUUGUGUCAGUAAAUUUUGCGAGUCUUGAGACAGCGACUUUCCAUAAAUUAUUUGACAGCUUUAAAUUUUGAAAGCGUUUUCCCUGUGGCUUUUGACCUUCCUUGCCUCUUCUUUUAAGCAAAGCUAAAAUAAUAGGCUGCUUGGAACGCUGUAAAUAAUUUCCUGGGUAAAAACCGUGGCGUUUGCAACUCUUAAAAAACAGAACUGAAGCCUUGUUAAGUAGUUUGAAAAGCAUUUCUCAUAUAAAGACUGAACAGUGGCCCAACUGUAGUAAACUACCUUUUUUAAGAGAAAUGUUCCUUUUACGAGGCUACACGUAGGCUCCAGCUCGUGGAGCAGGUGGUGAUGAGCACAGGGCUGAAAGCGCAGCGCGGGGACAGGGUUGGAGCAGAAGGACGCGGAGUUUGGGCCAGGAGAAGCCAGGCCUGAGCACGGCGUCCUGCAGGGUAGACAACACAUUUGCACAGGUAUUUUGGAGCAGAUCUGAUGUAUUAAAAACUCUUUCAAGUAUGUUUUUGUUGUAAAUGUGUGUCUUGUUUGUAGCCCGUGCUUUAAAAAAAGCACAAUUCAUUGAGGUAGGAAGUAUAGCUAGGAAAUAGUUGUAAUGAUCCUUAAAGAGUAUUGUAUUCUAUUUUUAAAUCACAGUUUACUUUGCUGGCAGCUUGUUUUGUGGGUCAGGUUGUUUUCUGAAAAGAGGUUUCAGUUUUGGCUCCGGGAUUUCUUUACAAAGUAGAUGUUACAAAAACUAAUAAAAGAGGCAUUAGUGGCAAAAGAAA